AUGGAGAUGCCCUCUCUCUCAACCCUUUCCGAGGUCGUCAGCCGCCCGGCAUUCUGGGUAUUGGUAGCCUGUCUUUUCAGCGUGCACAUCGCAAUUUCUCGCGUGAGGAGCUGGUAUCGUCUGCGACACAUCAAAGGUCCCAGGUUUGCUGCUUGGACCGACUUGUGGCUCAUCAACAAAACGCGACAAGGGAGCCUGUUUGAAGAACUCGGUGAUGUCUGCAAACAAUACGGCUCCAUUGCCCGUAUCGCGCCAAACUACAUCGUGUGCGGUGAUCCAGAAGAGGUCCGCCGUAUGUGGGGAGUUCGCUCCCAGUUUGAUCGAGCCCCUUGGUACAAAGGAUUUCGACUGGACCCCCCGAGAGACUGCACGCUGUCAAUGCGCGGUGGCGAUGUUCAUUCAGCCUUACGCUCCAAGCUCGCUCCAGGAUACAGUGGCAAAGAUGUCGACGGCCUCCACGAGUCUAUUGAUGCGGGUAUUGCUCGGUUUGUUACUCUCCUCGAAGAUAAAUAUCUCUCUACUGCCACCGAAUACCGCCCUGUCGACUUUGCACGCAAGGCACAGUACAUGACCCUCGACGUCAUCUCUAAGAUUGCAUUCGGCGAAUCCUUUGGCUUCAUGGACCGGGACGAAGACCUUUACGACUACAUACGCACAGUCGAGUCCUCCGUCCCCAUGAUGCAGAUGUUCGCUCUAAUCCCGUGGCUCGUCAACCUCCUUCAGUCGUCACUUUGCAAGGCCAUGGUGCCAUCGGAGCGGGAUGCCGUCGGGCUUGGCCCAAUUAUGGCCAUCGCAAAGCGUGUUGUCGGCGAGCGUUAUACGCCCAAAGCCGUAGAUAGGAAAGACAUGCUUGGCUCCUUCGUACGGCACGGGCUUGAACAGAAGGAAGCGGAGGCUGAGUCUCUGGUACAAAUCAUUGCCGGCUCCGAUACAACAGCGACGGUUCUGAGGACAGUAAUGGUCCACGUCGUUACGAACCCUACUAUAUAUAGGCGUCUACAGGUGGAAAUCGACUCCGCUGUAGCUAACCAGCUCGUCUCGUCUCCCAUUACCCACGCCGAGGCCAAAGAGCUUCCGCUGCUUCAGGCCUGCAUAAAAGAAGGUUUCCGUAUGUGGCCUCCCAUUUCAGGUAUCAUGCCUCGUAUAUCCGACAGUGAUGCCGUCGUCUGUGGUAUCCGCAUCCCCGCCGGGACCAAUGUCGCCUGGAGUGCUCGUGCAGUCAUGCGCAAUGAGAGUGUUUUCGGUGUCGGUGCUGAUAUGUUUCUGCCGGACCGGUGGUUGCGAGCCGAUGAAGAACAACGGCAGGCCAUGGAAAAUACCAUCGAUCUCUGCUUUGGUCAGGGGCGUUGGGGUUGCCUGGGUCGACCCAUUGCGUGCAUUGAGCUGAAUAAAAUGACUGUCGAGUUAAUUCGCCGAUUUGACUUUUCCGUUAUUGAUAUGGAGAGGCCUAUUCGGAAUUCUUUUUUUGGUGUUUUGAUCCAGUCGGAACUAAACAUGCGGAUAACACGUCGCGAGGACCUCAAAUAA